GCCGUGGCUGCGGCGGCGGGCGCGGGAGUGGCGGCGGCCGUGGUGGUGCCCGCCAUGUUCCUGGGCCCGGCCCCGUCGCUGCCGCCUGGGCUCGCGUCGCUCCUCUGGCUGUCCGCACGCCUGCUCCAGGGGCGCUUCACGGCGGUCGGCGCGGGGCUGGGGCUGCUCGGCGUCCCUGCCGCACACGCGCUGGUGCUGAUCCCCAGCGGCAUCGUGCAGUACGCGCUGCCGGCGCUGGUUGGCCCGGCCGCGGGCCUGUGCGCGGCUGGCGUGCUGGGCGGCGAGCGAGGUCCCAGGCAGCUCCCAGGCGGCGCUUCUGUGGCUCCUGCGCAGCUCCUGGGCAGCCUCUGGGAAGCGCCUCGCAGGCUCGCGCGCAGCUCCUGGGCGGCUCUCAGGCAGCUCCUGGACAACCUCUCGAAGCGCCCUCGAAGGCGUGGCAGCAGCUGCCCGGUCGGAGUCCGCCACCGCUCCCGCCCGCAUCCAGGCUGGGAGCUCUGCGCGCCGCUGGUGGGCCUGCUGGUGCUGGCGCACGCGCUGUGCGUGCUGCGCAUCCUGAAGAUGGGAGGCUGGUGA